AUGAGUCUUUUGGAGCAUUAUAUCAAGUUGGCAUUCAAAGGAGGUGAAGAUGCCAAGUUAGAGAGUGCCAAAGUGUUUUUUAAAUUUUCGGAACAGAAUGACUCAAAAUUAGGACUCUUACUGGAGGCUGUAGAUGCCUUGAUACACUUAAUGACCACCGAAGAUCAUAUUGAAAUUGUAAAAUACUCACUCCUCACUUUUAUGAAUAUUUGCAAAGAGAAAAAGUAUCUGCCGAGUAUUUGUGAUAAAUCGUGUUUUAAGGGACUGGCACGAACAUUAUGUAAUCACAAUAUGAACAUUCAAUUACUUGCUGUACGAUGUGUGAGGUUGUUGGCUCAACAUCCAGCAUGUGGGAAAACAUUUGCAACCGAUGGAGGGCUUCUUCCAAUGCUUUUCCUACUCAAACCUGACCAAGAUGCAGAUCUUGUCAUUGAGGUUUGUAAGGCACUCUCAGUCGCUCAAAUGAGAGGCGAUUGUGCCGCUAGAAUUGUUGAGGUGUGGGGACUUCAAAAAUUGGGUCAACUUAUCGAACAAUAUAUCCACGAAAAUAACGAAAAGAGUGUCUCGAUUGUGUCACACGUGACUGAGGUUUUUGCAAAUUUUUCUAGCUUUCCUAAGAUUGCUAUUUGCAUGAUGAAUACUGAAAAAUUACGAUUAGUGGAAUUAUUGCGCAUGCUGUUGGGGUCAUCUAAUGUUUCUGUUGUUGCCAAGAGAGCUGCGGCCAAAACAUGCCUUAAUAUAAUCAACAAUGAAAACAUCAAUGGACAAGUCAUGCUCAAUCGUGAUUUUAUAAUUUUCAUCAUGCAAAGGCACUCAGAAAAAGAUUUUUUGAUCAAGCACACUUUGGCUAAAACUCUCGACAAUGCAAUCACACAAUAUUCGGAAGAUGCAGUGCAAAGAAUAAUUGAGGAAAAUAUGGACGUUGGAUUUAUAGAAUGGAUGAUUAAAUCAGUUGGUUGUGAUCAUAUUCAAGUCAUGGUUUUAAAACUGUUUAUCAGCAGAAAAUGGAUUUGCCACGAAAAAAGUCAUUUAUUUUCAUUAACAUUUGUACCCACUCUUAUUCAAACUAUCAAGGAAACAAUAUCAACAAGCGUUAAGAGAAUGUGUGAUGAGGCUCUUUAUCAUUUCUCAGGUAUUGACAGAUUCAAGAAAGAAAUUGUGGAUGCGAGAGGAGGAGAAAUAUUAAUUCCCGCUCUCACUUUCAAAGAUGUUGAUUCUAAAUAUUGGUGCGUGAGAACACUAGCCAGAAUUAUUCGAUCAAAGGAGUUUGCCACUCAGUUCGUAAAACAAUUUUCAGUGGUAAGACCUGCAGUCAACUGUUUCUUGAUGACUCAUCCUCACAGCACUGAUCAAGUGGAAGAUUUCAUUUUCAUGAGUACAUUGUCUAUUUUGUCUAAUAUAUCAGAAACAAGAGAAUUUAGGAUUUAUUUUGUCCAAUCAGGCGCAAUUAACAAGCUGCUUGACAUACUGGAAGAUCCAAACACGGUGCCAUUGAAAAUGAUACAAUGUCUAAUCAUUGUCAUUUCUUAUGUCAACAGUGCAAACAAAGAGAGCUCUGGAAAUGCCAAUCUGAAACUAGUACCCGAGAAGAAAUUAUGUAAGGUUGUGGAGAAUAUAACCUCUCGAAAUUUUUCACUUUCUGCCAAAGUUAUUGAACUCAUAUCUGCUUAUUCUCAACAUUCCAACUCGCCAAUUCAGAAUUUUUGGAACAUUCUGUACAACAAGUGCCUCACUGUGGUGCGUUGCAAUGAGAAUUACAAUUCAUAUCUUUAUCAACGAAUUACAUGCUUCACUACUCUUACAUCCAUCUUAACAAAAGACUAUGUAUGGUAUAAUUUGGACUUGACCAUGAUCGCUUCACAUUAUCUCGCAAUUUUUACCAAUAGUAAUUUAUUGAGCCAUUUGAAAAGGAUUUCAGCGAAAGGUCUUUGCAUGAUUGGAGAGAAAAGUCCAUUAACUCUUUCGAGUUUAUUGCCCUCCUAUGCUCGAAAGCUUCAACUUGUUCACAAGGAUCAUUCCUUUACUGAAAAAACAAAUUUCAGCGAUUGCUCUUCCUUUUGCCAAUUCUUGCAGCGAUUUCUUCAAUAUUUUGAGCUUGAAAAGCAAAGAAAACUUCGAAAAUAUUUGCUCUUUUCUAGAAUUCAACGAUUUCUAACUUUCUUAUUACAUUUUGUAAGAGAGAACAAGGAAAAUGAACUAUUUGUCGAAAAGUUGAUUCGACAAGGGAGUGAAAAUUGGGAAGAUGAACAAUCUCGUAGAAGACGAAUGCUCCUCCAGAAUCCCAUGUUGCACUAUAGACCAAAAAUUCACCAUCAUCAUUAUGACAUGGACAAGAAUACGUCCACAAAUAGUACAUCUUGUUCGAAUGAAUUCAUUCCUUAUCAACCUACUUCCACAGAUAGUCGCAUUAGACUUUCAGAAUUCAUCUCACAAAGAGAAUAUGCAGCCCUGAAUGAAUCACAAAACAAAGAUUCAAACGCCAAAAAAGAUGACACCACUGAUUUAUUUAAGAAGUUGGGAGGAAGUGGAACUUUUGCAAAUACUGUGGUCUAUAAUAAGAAAAUUCACAAAAAACAAAAAUUGGUCAUUGAACAGAACAAUAAGGGACCAACAUCCUUGCUAGAUCAAUGGGAAGAAGAGUACAGCAACAAAAUACCACCACGACCGGCCUCUGCCAAUGUCUCACGAAAUUCUAUCACGACCACAGAAUCCCUCAUGAAGAAACCUCAACGUAAAGUGGUGCAAGAUUUAGACCCAGAAUUAGUGAGAAAAUACUUGAAAAGAAGUGAGCUUAUGGGCAUUGUGAAACCCAACACUCUUCCGCCAUCGAAAAUUGUUUCACAAUAUAGGUAUCGAUAA